AACAGGAAGUGGCUGCGUACUGGUUUAAUCGCUCGCUGUUUUAUACACUAUUCGUCUCAGCUGACAGUUGGAGAUCCGCGCAAGAUUGUAAAGACGGAGAAACUCAUGACUACAGCUUUAGUCGCUACUCGUCGAGAUGACGGCGCCUGAAGAGGCCUGAGCUCGGUCUCACACAACGGUCGUCCUUGCCAGACAUCCAGACAAGCGGUCGAGCAGCUCGCUACUGGACACCGCUGCCUAUUUAUAGCAGAAGUACAGUAGGAAAAUAUCCGGAACAUCAAACAUGCCGGGUCUAACGUGAAGGCUGAAGUUCUUCUGUAAUGCUGAUGUAUUCAGCCUAAACCAUGAACUCGGUGUCGCCCAGCGCCGUUCAGUACAUAGUGGCCGGCGGCGCUCAUGAGGACAAGCCCUCAGCGCAGUCCAGACGCCACAACGGCCACGGUUCAGUGCCUGACGGCAUCAGAGAAGGCUCUGGAGAGCCCGAUGAAGUGGAUCGCCUGAAAGCCAAGUUCAUGUCCGCCUGGAACAACGUCAAAUAUGGCUGGACCGUUAAAUCUAAAACUACCUUCAACAAAACCUCCCCUCUGAUUCUCCUCGGUCAGUCCUAUCUGUUUAAUAGUGAAGAUGAGGUGGAUCGCUUCCGGCAGGCGUUCGUGUCGUGCGUGUGGCUCACCUAUAGGAGGGAGUUUCCUCAGUUGGAGGGAUCCAGCCUGACCACAGACUGUGGCUGGGGCUGCAUGCUUCGCAGUGGACAGAUGCUGCUGGCACAGGGUUUACUACAGCACCUCAUGCCUCCAGACUGGAGGUGGGCGGACUGUCAUCCGCUGACAGACGUUGAUUUUGAGGUGCUGAAGCCUCGCUCGCCCUCCCGUCCGGCUGGCAUGUCCCUUCCCUCUUUCAGUUCUUCCUGGACCAGCCCCAUUUCCCAGAGAGACCCGAGCUCUGGCAGCAGUGAGGGUCACAGGCGGACCCCAGCCCGGUGUCCUGCAGCCAGCCAUGAGCCUCAGGUGGAGGCGUUGCACCGAAAGUUGGUGUCUUGGUUUGGGGACCAUCCCUCAGCUCCUUUUGGCGUCCACCAGCUGGUAGAGCUGGGAAAGGAGUCGGGGAAGAGGGCGGGGGACUGGUACGGCCCGUCCGUAGUGGCACACAUGCUGAGAAAAGCAGUGGCUAGAACUGCUGAGUUUCACAACCUGGCUGUGUACGUGGCACAGGACUGCACGGUGUAUAAGGGAGAUGUUAUGAGGUUGUGUGAGCUGCCUGAGUCCAGUGAAACUGGCUGGAAAUCAGUCAUCAUUCUAGUGCCAGUUCGGCUCGGAGGAGAAUCGCUAAACCCCUCCUACAUUGAGUGUGUUAAGAACAUUCUCAAGCUAAAGUGCUGUAUAGGAAUUAUUGGAGGAAAACCCAAGCAUUCCCUGUUUUUUAUUGGCUUUCAAGACGAGCAGCUAUUGUAUCUAGACCCACACUACUGUCAGCCAGUAGUGGACGUCACCCAAGGCAACUUCUCUCUGGAGUCUUUUCACUGUAACUCGCCCAGGAAGAUGAACAUUAGUCGUAUGGAUCCCAGCUGCACCAUCGGGUUCUACGCGCAGACUAAGAAAGACUUUGAGUCUUUGUGCUCAGCGGUCAGCGAAGCUUUGUCAUCCUCUAAAGAGAAGUAUCCCAUCUUCACAUUUGUAGAGGGCAGGGGACAGAACUAUGGACUGGAGGGGCAGAGCGGAGGGUCAAUGGACGGUCCUGCAAACAUUUUCUCAUGCAACAGAAUGAGCAGGAACAAUAAGAGAGGAAGCACAGAUGAGUUUGUGCUCCUGUGAGGAGCGUAUCGCAUGUAAGACAGGCCCCACACCAGUGAUUCUGCACUCAUCGUCAUAAAACUGCUGUUCCUCACACCUGUGCACUGCAAAAUAACACUGAGAUUGUCGAGAAAACCUGUUGAAGUUAUAUUUUACCCCAAAACCAGUGGAAAACUAAACUAUUAUGUUUUGCAUUAAGCACAUUUUCCUCAAAUGUUUUCUUAACAUAAUGCCAAAAAACCCUGGUUCUCCAUAUUGCAAUGUAAAAAAAAAUAAACAAAUUGUUACAUUACAGUUUGAACAUGUUUUUGCAUUACAUUAAUGAGAAUUUUGAGAGGGAAUGUGCUUAAUUAUCAAUGUGAAAAUUAAAGAAUUCCACUUCCAGAACAAAAAUGUACAGAUAAUGUACUCACCCCCUUUUCAUCCAAGGUGUUCAUGUCUUUCUUUCUUCAGUCGUAAAGGAAUUAUGUUUUUUGAGAAAAACGUUUUAUAUUUUUCUCCAUAUAAUGGACUGAAAUGGUGCCCCGAGUUUGAACUUCCAAAAGCGACUUCAUACGAUCCGAAAUGCGGCUGUAAAUGAUCCCAGGAUUGAGCCAAGGAAGAAGGGUCUUAUCUAGCAAAAUGAUUGGUUAUUUUCAUUAAAAAAAUACAAUUUAAAUACUUUUUAAUCUCAAACCCUCGUCUUGUCUCUCUGCCUCAACUCUGUGUAUUCUGGUUCAAGACAGUUAGGGUAUGUUGAAAAACUCUGAUCGUAUUUUCUCCCUCAACUUCAAAAAUGAUUUCAAAAUCAUCCUACAUCGCUGCAGAAGGACCGACCCAGUCUUUGCAAAGUGAACAUGCAAAGAAGAUCAAACACCCUUAACAAAAAAGGUAAAACAGUGAUAUAGGACGAUUUUGAAGUUGAGGGAGAACAUGAGAUGGGAGAUGGGAUUUUUCGACAUACCCUAACUGUCAUGAACCGGAACAAAAACAGAGUUCAGGCAAGAGGCAAGAAACAAGAUGAGCUUUUGACAUUAAAACGUAUAUAAAUUGUAUUAUUUUAAUGAAAAUAACCGAUCGUUUCGCUAGAAAAGACCCUUCCUCGGCUCGUUCCUGGGAUCAUUUACAUUUUAACUACUCCUAAUUUUGGAAGUUCAAACUCAGGGCACCAUAUCAGUCUACUAUAUGGAGAAAAUUUCCUCAAAAAACAAU